AUGUCGACGCCUGCGACUGCCGUGGCUGCCACGCUCCCUCACUACCACCACCCGCGCCAUUACCACUCGCCCUAUGCUGCCGCCCAUCAACAACAAUAUCCCGCCUCUCCUGGAUAUCGUACCGCGGCUCCCAUUGCCGCCUCCAGCUCUCUCGUAUCGCCCGCCACCGCAGUUUCGAAUACAGCCCAUUUGCUUCCCGUCUUCGGCCGUCCCAGUCCGCUGAAUCUGCGUCGCUACCUCGACGACGCUUCUGCGCUAGACCACCCGCCGCCACCCCCUCCCCAUGCUUACCUCGACCUGCCCGGAUACACGCCUGCGACUCGUCUAGACGACAGUUUUACGUCCGCCAUGUCGAGUAGCACCAUGACCGCCAUGACCGCCACGGUCGCCGCCGCCAUGGACGAGCACGCUUCUCGCAAGCGUCGCCGAUCAAAAGAGCCUGAUUGGAACAACUUUUACCGCAACGGCUUACCCAAGGAAAUCAUAGUUAUUGACGACACACCGGAGCCCGAAGCGAACCAAGGCCGCAAACUCACACACGCCCAUGCUACCAGUAGCCAUAUCAUCACCCCGGACGGUUCUCUCGUCGGCUUACCACAAACGCAACCUGCCAAACGUCGCCGCCGAGAAAAUGUGAACCCGCCCGCCAACUAUCACAUCCAGCCUGUCACCAGCUCCCAUGCGCCUACACCAAAUCACAACAUCACACCCACUGCCUCGACCUUGUCUAGCGAUGGCCAUCAUUCUUCCUCUCAUACAACUGCUGCCACAUCUUUGUCUUCAAUUGGUCAAGCCGACUCUGUCUCUACCCCGCUCAAGAGGAAGCGCACCCGUCAACAAGUCGCCAUCGAGGCCAAACGCCGCGAUAUCGAGGGACUUGGCCAUCCUUUUGAAGCCUAUGUGCCACCUCCAUACCCGCCUAAAAAGGGUGGCGAUGUAUAUGUCCGCGUGGUUCACGAUAGCCAGCCAAUCAAAAAUGUCAAGGUCGACGACGACGACGGCCACUACCUUGUGGUACCAGAUGCAGACCUAACUGACAAGUAUAAAAUCAAAUGUCUUCUUGGUCAAGGUACCUUUGGCAAAGUCGUUCAGGCCCGCGACCGCCGGCGAAACGAGGCUGUCGCCGUCAAGAUUAUCCGCUCAGUCCAAAAGUACCGCGAUGCUUCGCGGAUUGAGCUCCGUGUCUUUGCCACCCUGAAAGCAAAUGAUCCCACCAACAGGAACCGAUGUAUCCAUCUACGCGACUGCUUCGACUAUCGUGGCCAUAUCUGCAUCGUCAUGGAUCUUCUUGGCUCAAGUGUUUUCGACUUUCUCAAAGGCAACCACUUUGUUCCGUUCCCCAAUAGCCAGAUUCAAAAGUUUGCUCGCCAGCUGCUUACCAGCGUUGCCUUCCUUCACGACCUCAAUCUAAUACAUACGGAUCUCAAACCGGAGAAUAUUUUAUUAUACGACAACUCAUAUCAAACCUUUACAUAUCACAGAAAGAUUCCGUCGGCCUCGACAACAAUUAAUCGGCAAGCCACACAGAGGCGGGUGUUACUUGACACCGAAAUUCGGCUAAUCGACUUUGGCUCUGCUACAUUCGAGGAUGAAUAUCAUUCAUCUGUCGUUUCUACCCGUCAUUACCGUGCCCCCGAAAUUAUCCUUGGCCUCGGCUGGUCUUUUCCUUGUGAUAUUUGGAGUAUCGGGUGUAUCCUCGUCGAAUUCUUCACAGGCGAUGCCCUCUUCCAGACACACGACAACUUGGAACAUCUUGCUAUGAUGGAAAUGGUUGUUGGACAGCGCAUAGAUGCUCACCUGGUCCAAGCGAUUAACCGAAUGUCGACCAGGACAGGCGGCAACCCGGCUUCUAAAUACUUCAAACGACUCAGGCUUGACUAUCCAACCCCGGAAACCUCUCGAAGCUCUCGACGCUUUGUUAGAGCUAUGAAAAAUCUCGAUCUCAUAAUCCCAAGGAACACGACAUUCUUUAAAAACUUCCAUGACCUGUUACGGAAAAUGUUCAUAUAUGAUCCUGCACAGCGCAUCACAGCCCGCGAGGCGUUAAACCACCCCUGGUUCAAAGAAAUGGCGCCACCCGACGACGGAACGGAAGCCGCCAAAAUCCGGAUGGAAAAGAGGCGACUGGGCCAAGACGCUCAGAGUGCCUAG